GAAAAUGUUCAUUGGUGGAUUGAACUGGGAAACAACAGAACAAUCUCUGAAGGACUACUUCUCGCAGUUUGGCGAAGUGAGCGAGUGCACAGUCAUGCGUGAUAGCGCUACAGGACGUUCACGUGGAUUCGGUUUCCUUACCUUCAAAGACCCGAAGUGUGUCAAUAUCGUCAUGGUCAAAGAGCACUAUCUUGAUGGCAAAAUCAUCGACCCCAAGCGCGCUAUCCCCCGUGAGGAACAAGAAAGGACAAGCAAGAUCUUCGUUGGCGGUGUCAGUCAAGAGGCUACCGAGGAAGACUUCAAGAACUUCUUCAAACAAUUUGGUCGAGUUGUUGACGCUACAUUGAUGAUGGACAAAGACACUGGCCGACCACGUGGAUUCGGGUUCGUCACUUUCGAUGGCGACGCAGCCGUUGACGCAACAUUGUCUGGACCGUUGCAGAUCCUUGGAAAGCCGAUCGAAGUGAAGCGCGCUCAGCCUCGUGGCAACAUGCGUGAUGGUGACGAUGACAAGAAGUUCGGAGGGCGAGGUGGGAAGUUUGGCAACCGAAACGAUAAUUCCGGCGGCUUUGACAACCAACAAGGCCAAAAUCAACAAGGAGGAGGCGGUGGUGGAAAUAAUGGGAUGACUCCUGCAAUGAUGGCUCAGUACUGGCAGCGUAUGCAACAGUACUUCCAGCAGAUGCAGCAUCAGCUUGCCUCACAGGGUGGAGGCAUGCCGAACGCUAUGGGAGGUAUGGGAGGCCAAAUGAAUCCCCAGAUGAUGCAGCAAAUGCAGAACAAUAUGAUGGCAGGCAUGAAUCGACCAGAUGGCAGCCCCAACCCAGCACAAAUGGGGGGAAUGGGAGGAAUGAACCAGAUGAACCCGCAGAUGAUGCAGCAGAUGCAGAUGCAACAGCAACAGCAACAGCAGCAGCAGCAACAGCAGCAACAGGGUGGUGGUGGAUUUGGAAAUCAGAACGCAGCCAUGAUGGCAGGGGCUAAUCGCCCUGCGUAUACUGCCACGGACCAACUUGCUUUUGAGCAACAGAAGUAUGAGCAGCAGCAGCAAAGACGCAUCCAACAGCAAGGUGGAUAUGGUGGACAGGGUGGGCCUACGGCGUGGGAGGGCAUGUACGACGAUAUUCCACAGCCUUCAAUUCCUUCCGGUCCUGCUGGCGGCGGUAACCGUGGCAAUUUUGGUGGUGGUAGGGGAGGCGGCCCUCACGGCCGUGGCCGACAAGGCUCCUCCCAACCACCCAACGGUCCAAGCAGUGCUCCUGCUAACGCACCUACGGGACCUAAGAAUGCUGGUAAACCAGGAGCCAACUAUCGUGGUGGUGGUAGAAAUGCCAACUAUCGCCACAACCCAUAUGGCGGGGGCAGAGGCUAGUAGGCCAGUCACAUGAACGGUGAACGCAUGCUGGAAAUCCAGCGAAUGUGACAAGGUGUCAACAAGCCUGGCUUGUGAAGCAAUUUCGGUAUGCCAAUCUCGCCAACGACACAUCUAUUCCUGGUUCUACGUAUUGCUUUGGUGUCGGCAACCGCAAUGACUGUUAUUUCGGGAGGACAUGGUAAUAUGGUUAUAGUUCAUUCAGAAGGAGUUUGACAGGUCCUGUACAAUAAGAAAUAAUUGCAAAACGUUUCAAAUGAUAUCGAGCAGUCUCAAUU